AACGCUGAACAAGACUUGAUUUCUGGUUUCGUGGUUUUUGACAGUCGUCGGCCGACAAAUUUUAUCUCAAUCUGGAUAACUCGGCAUCAGUGCAAGGAUGGUGCACAAAGUAUGUGUGGUUGGUGCUGGAAUUAUCGGUCUGUCAACUGCCUACAUCAUUCAAGACAAAAUUCCAGAUGUUGAGGUGACAAUAAUAGCUGACAGGUUCUCACCAGACACAACUGGAGAUGGAACGGGGGGACUAUGGAUGCCCUACCUAGCAGGAAACACUCCAAUGGAAUUAAUUCAAAAAUGGGGCAAAGACACCUGGGACUAUCUGAUCAAGAUAUUGCGAUCCCCUGAGGCAGAUGCAGCUGGAGUUUCCAUACAUUCUGGUCACAUCAUAUAUGAAAAGAAGCCAGAACAGGAUCCAUUUUGGAAAGACAUGGUCUUCCACUUCAAACAUUGCACCCAGCAUGAGUUGGACGCUUUGUUUCCAGGUUACCCGUGUGGUGUACACGUGACAAUGAUGUUUUGCUUGUGUCUGAGAUACCUACCUUGGCUUAUGGAAAGGUACAAGGCAAUUGGAGGAAAGACGAUGAAGCAAACACUGUCUUCUCUUAGUGAGAUUUCAGAUUUGUAUGAUGUCAUUGUUGCAUGUCCUGGUGUUAGAGCACGACACUUGCUUGACGAUAAAGAGGUGUACCCAAUAAGAGGACAGAUUGUAACUAUGACCAAUCCAGGAUCUCUAAUAAAAUACACUGAUACUGAAAAGGCAGAAGGUAGUAGCGACACCUAUCUGCUGCCAUCAUGCUCUGCUGAGUAUAUUCACUGUGGAGGGACAGCCCAAGUCAAUGACUGGAAUGAAGAAUCAGACCCAGAAGAUGCCAAACGUAUCAUUGAGAGGUGUACCAAGCUUGUACCAAGCUUGAAGAGUGCCGAAGUAGUAGGCACUUGGGCAGGCUUACGCCCUGGACGCUCCAGCGUCAGACUUGAAAAGGAGGAUAAGAUGAUUGCAGGCAAAAUGAAGAAGGUUGUGUACAAUUACGGUCAUGGAGGCUCUGGUAUAACAUUGCACUGGGGCUGUGCUUUAGAUGCCACUGAACUUGUGAGGCAGUCUAUCACAGAACUACAACCACUUCAAUCACCAUCCAAACUGUAGCCAGCACGACCAGGCUCUGUAUGGCCUCAUCAGGGAAAAUUGUUGAUGCCUGAUAACUCCUCAUAAAUAAAUCCUACAGUAGUUAAUACUUACCCCACAAAAAUACAGGAAAAGGAAUCCUAUGUAGAGUUUGGCAAAAUGACUUGUAGUGAGCACAGAUAAGGGGACUCAAAAUGUUAUGAGGAUAACCCCCCCCCACAAUUUCAAUUUUCCUAACCAAACAAAUUUCCCCCUUAACAUGGGGAAGGCCCAUGUAUACAGUGUCUUUACACAGGUUUAGCUGUCUUAUAUUGUACAUUCAGAAUUUGAUGGAAACUGUAAUCAUCAUAUUCAGCAAUGUAAUUGCAUAUGAUAAUGUUACCUUGUUUGUCUUUUAGUCCUAUUUUGGCUAGCUGUGGUCAAAGCAAACUGAUAAAGGCUUCAUUCACAACUAACCCUUGUUCCAGAGACAUUCACAUUUCUGAAUUUUACGUUACUAGCAAAGGUUUUUGUGGCCAUGUAAAGCAUUAAACAUUGUCUUAAAGAUUCCUUUGAAAAAUUUGAAUUUCUAUUUCUGAGACUGUUUUUUUUUACUUCGUUUUCCCAAAUGGUAUUUUUAAAUCUGUGUUAUUUCUUUUCAUCAAAGAAACAAACACUGAAAAUUUCUGAAAUAGUAGUUAUGAAGAAAACUAAAUAUUACGGCAACAGUUAAAAUUUGUUGGUAAUCUUUCGUAUUUUUAUUUACUGUGAUUUUGUCUCAUUUUGCUUUAUUGCCAUAUCAUCCUAUUCUUGGGUUAUUACAUAUUUUAUGUCUGUCUUAUUUCUUAGUUCACCCUUAACUUGUGCAUUUUUUAUUUCAAUAAUAUGCAGUAUCAGGGUUGGCCAAUUUAAUCACUUUGAUUUCAAUAAGUGAAAUCAAAUGAUUUUAAAUUUGGAGGAAACUCCGGAUGAAUAUUCCAGGGAAAUCCACGGAAUCAGGCAGGGACUGAAAACCCAAUCCACAUGCUAACCUAACGGAUAUAAAGGCUUUGUUUUUGUCGCUUCUAAAAAGGAAGAAAAAGUAAAAACAACACUCAACAAUGAAA